AUGGGUCUUAAACCUUGUUUAGUUGAAACAAAAAAACAUUUUACAACGUUGGAUCGUUUUGUGGAAUUAACAGACAUCCCAACCUUGUCUCAAGUAUAUAAAAAAGGUGGAUUUGAUUGUCGAAUCCCAGGAACUUUUAAACAUGAUAUAAGUCUUUCUCACAAUAAAACUCUUAAUGAUAAGAUAUCUUUAAUCAAAGAAGACAUUACGAAAUUGAAAAUUGACUCAAUUGUUAAUGCUGCAAAUGAGUUUCUCAUGGGAGGAGGAGGAGUUGAUGGAGCAAUUCACAGGAUAAUUCAUCUUAUCUUACAUGCACAUGUAUCUUUAGGUUAUAAUUUACCAGCAAAAUAUAUUAUUCAUACUGUUGGGCCUGUAGGAGAACAUGAAGAACUUCUCAAUAGUGCUUAUAGACAAUCAUUGAAAGUUAUGAUUGUCAACAAUCUUAAGAGUAUAGCAUUUCCAAAUAUAAGCACAGGUGCUUAUGGAUAUCCUCGUGUUGGUGCUGCACAAGUGGCUAUGAAAACAAUUAGAAAAUGGAUGGAGGAUUUUGAACAUAUUGAAAAGAUUGAUAGAAUAAUCUUUUGUGUUUUUGAGGAAAGUAAUAGAAGAAUAUAUGAGGGAUUAUUGCCUUUAUACUUUCCACCACCACCAGAAGGUAGCAAUAAUGAUACUGAUAUAUUGGGAAAACAAGAAAAAGAGAAUGAUGCUGGUACAGCAGAGAAACAAGAAGAGGGGAAGAUACAACCCCACUCUAUCAAGGGUUGUAUUAUAGUGUAG